AUGUCGACUGUCACAUCGGUAUUUCUGUGUCUUGUCUUGCGGUCGAAACCAGUUCGGAUUCUUCUUCUCCUUCGACUCUAUCGAUCUACCCACGGCUUAUCAUUCACUCAUUCUACACUCACUAGCCUACUUGAUUACUAUCAUUUCAAAUUUUUCAGUCAGUGUCAUCACUCGGUAUCUUCGUCCCACCUUCACAUUUCUGUUGCAGUGGCCGGGGUACACCUUUCGUUGUCAGUAUCGACGACAUUUUCGGUUGAUAAUACAGCAUGGAAGAAUAAAGAAAUAACUGUCAAAAAUUAUCUAUCUAUCUAUCUAUCUAUCUAUCUAUCUAUCUAUCAUAUGAAAUGUGUUUAUUUGUUUCUUUCUUUGGUGGUUCAGACAUCUGUUUUGCUCUAUCCAUUGCUUUUGUUUACUCGUAAAAGUAGGGGCAAGUCUUUCGUCUUCCUAUAUUGA